CCCUAGAGAGGGAAGGAGGAGCCUUUGGUGGCCAGGCCAGGGGGAGGACGCCAGGUCUGGUCUUACGCCUCGCAUGGUUCUGUUUGUGCCUUUGGGCUCCCCUUCCACGCACUUCUCUGUCCUAACGUGUUCCCCUUCCUCCUCCUUUUUCUUUCUCUUGCAGAAAAUGAGUGAUUUUCACCUGGAUCUUAGCCCGCUCAAGGAGCCCCUGGGGUUCAUCAAGCUUCUUGAGUGGGUGAGUCUGCUGGGUUAGGGGGUUCAGGUCAUAUGGGUCACCCCCCCUUCCUAGACUGUCUUGCAGGGCUCUUUCCUUUGAUAUGGGGUGGGGGGCUGUGUUGUGUUCUCCUAAAAGACCUUGAGGGACGGUGGAAUAAAAAGUUUUUAGGCUGAGGUUGCAGUGCUAUCCUAUUUGGAAGCAAGGCCUGUUGGGUUCAAGGAGGCUUACCCCCCCCCCAAAAAAAUGUGGGGUUAGGCUUGCCUCCGAAGUGGUGAGGCCUAGACUUGCGCUUGCUUUGGAACUGACUUUUAAAAUAGUUGCCUUGUCUUGUUAGGCCUGGCGUGGCCUAAAUCCUUCCCCAGCUGUUUCUAAGCCUCUGUUCCCUUAAAACUCCUGGUCUCUAUGAAUCCUGAUGUUGGCUGUAAUCUCCCAGUAGGUUCCUUUAAUACAAAAUACUAAAUUACUGGAAAUAAUUUACAUUAAAAAAAAAUAUGCGGCAGUAAUGCCUGCGUGCAGUUUCUUCUGCAGCUAUGGUGAAAACCCUGAAAGGCUAUGAUGUUGAACGCUUAAUUUGUAAGGAGUAAAAAGUCUUCCUAAGUGUUGGGGUCUCUGUGUAAUCUCUCAACAGUCACGUUGCACAGGUCUGUUAUUACCAUAUGUACUAUCAAAUACCUGUUUUUUCAGUGAAAACUCGGUGUUUUGUUUCCUUCUAUAAAUUAAAGUUGGGCUUCUGCAUUCAAAUGGGAAAUCCAUUUGAAUUUGAGGGGGCUGUUUUAAAUAUGUUGUUGUUGUUUAGUCGUCUUAGUCGAGUUUGACUCUCCCUGACCCCAUGAACCAGAGCAUGCCUUGGAAACUUCUCAAAGUUUCUCCAUUUUAUGUCCAUGGAGUUUUCUUGGCAAAAUAUUGGAGUGGUUUGCCUGUUCCUUCUCCAGGUGGAUCACAAUUAGUCUAAACUCUGGGCUAUGACCUGGCCAUGCCCGGCAUAGAUCAUUGCUUCUUGGAGUUAUUCAAGCCCCUUCCCCACAACAAGGCAGUGAUCCAUGAAGGGGUUUAAAUAUAAUAGAUAUAUACAAUGCAAGGUAAACAGCCAGUCAGAUUUUCUGCAUCCUAUUACAAAGUGAUGUCGUUCCUUCUGUUUUACAAAUACUAAUGUUAACACCCUAAAGCAUUCUAGACCCAAUUAUGAUUUUUCUGCUGCAUCUAGCACACCCAGCCAGCUUUGUAGUGUUGCCACGUUUGCGUGGUUUGUGCAGGAAUGCAAAGCCUAGCAGUAUAAGAAGUCCCGCUGCUCCCAGGUCCUUCCAUCAAUAAUAACAACAACAAUAAUUUUAUUAUUUAUACCCCGCCCAUCUGGCUGGGUUUUCCCAGCUACUCUGGGCAGCUUCCAGCAAAAUAAAAAAUAUAUAAAAAAUGUCAAACAUUAAAAGCUUCCCAAUACUUCAGAUGUCUUCUAAAAGUUGUGUAUUGGAAAGUCCAACAGCUAUUUUGCACUUUCUGCUUUCCUGCCAGUAUCCUCCUGCUCUAGUUCUGGACAGGGUGUUUAGAUAAUUUUUUGUCACAGAUACAGAAUUUUGAAAUCGAACUGUUGCACAUUUCUUUUCUAUUGGUCUAUUUGUGUAUGCAUACACACAAGCUAUAUUUGUUGUACACUGCAAUGAUGCAUCAAAUAAAGCAGUGGUCUCAUUUUUGUAUAGGGCAUUUUGUAUAGGAUGUGGCAAUAGCCUGAAAAAGGAGCUAAUUUGAUGGGAAUUCAUUUUUGUAGUUUGUCAGGCAGCUUGUAAAAAACGUUAUUAAAGACCCUACUGCUUUUUUCACUAGGUUAGUGCAAGGUCUUGCAAAUCCUUAAGGUUGGCCCUAAUAUGCCUGCCCCCCCCGACCCUGACCAAUUUCCUCUAUCUAGCCUUAACAAUUUUAUGCCAUGAUGGACUCACCCACUUGUUUGUAGAGUGAUACUCUAUACCAGGGUAGCCAACAGGGUGCCCUUCAGAAGUUGGGGACUACAACUCCAUCAACCAUGACCAUUGGCCCCCUGCUGAUUGGGGGCCUGAUGGAAGUUGUAAUCCAAUGUCUGGAGGGCCACAGAUUUCCUAUCCUUGCCUUAGACAGCUACCUAGUUAUGCUUGCCUUUGCUUUAGUAAACUUUCUAGUAGAAGACAAAUAUGCCUAGUUUCCUAAGCAAUAAGGUGUACAUCUGAUAAUAAUUUGACUGCCUCCAACUCCUUUAUAAUGGAAGCAACUUGAACAUCUUUUGCGUGUUACUAAACUGCUUAUCGUGCAGCUGAUAAAGGAACUGCUUCUGACAGAAACAGGUUUUGAAACGUUUUCCCCAUAACUAUUUUUAAAUUGAUUUUUAAUUUCAAGUAACAAAACAUUCUAGGUGCCAUGCCAUUAAUAACGAUGCCAGCAGCCCUAUAAAGAGUAAAGAAACAUUCAUAACUGUCUAUCAAACACCUUCCAUAUGAACACUCAACAGAUUAUGCCAAUAUAAAAUUGAAUUUCUUUUUUCCCCUUUUGAUAAACUUGUAUGCUUAAGUAUGCUUACAGACAGACUUUGUUUGGAUAAAUAGGACAAUAUUUGGAAUGAGUUGGAAUUAUACAAUAUUUUGUAUAAUGUAGGCUGUUAGUAUUUACAAAUAUAUUAGGAUAAUAUCAAACUUAUAAAAUAAUGUAUGGGGUAGGGUAUUUUUCGUAUACACAUUUUUUUCUCUAUACAUUUUUGUGCCUUGUUUUCAUUUUCUUUAUAAUUGAAAACUUUUCAAUAAAAUACUAAUAUCAAAAAACUUGUAUGCUUCAGUGCACUGUACAUUUAUAUUGCUUAGGAACUCUGAUAAAAGGAACAAACUUUCAGCAUUUUUCAGUGCAGUCCUAUAUAUAAACUGCUCAGAAGUAAUCACCAUUGAUUUGGCUGAGACUUUCAUCCAGAUAAGUGCACAUAGUGUUUUGACUGUAGCUACGCCCACUAAAGCUGUAAAUUUGGAUGGAAUUAAUGAGUCAAAUUAAGAUUGGAUGUAAAGUGUUCCUUACAUUUUGUUAAAUUUUCCAAAUGUACCGGUACAUAAAUGCGUAUAAUAAUGCAUGUGGUGUAUUUUCUCUUUAUACAGUUCUUCUCCAUGUUUGCAUUUGCUACAUGUGGAGGCUAUAAAGGUGUAACGACGCUUUUAGUAUCCUGUAAUGGACUUGUAAAUGGAACAGUAAGAGCAAGUUUUGCUUAUCCUUUCAGGUGAGCCUCUUAAAUGGCAAGUGUCUAGUAUAUUUCUGUAUGUAAAGUUUCCUGCCAGUGCUUGAUCGUUGGUCACCAUUACCUGAUUAGCACUAGGUCAGUCCAGCAAUUUAUAGUUGAUAAAUCUUUCCAGCUUUAACAAACUACUUAAUAUUGCUCUGAUAAGGUCUUCUAGCAGAGGCUACAUCGGUAAUUAAUGAUAGAACAUGAACUAUGCAAAUGUACAGGACAAACAACAAUCUUGUCUUUCUAAAAUUAGGGCAGGGGGAAUCACAUUUCUCAUGGCCUAGCACAACAUGUGCCUGUUCUACAGAUUAUUAUUUUUAAAAAAAUCUGAAUGGAGAAUGAAUCCUCUAUUAUAGUGCCAUCAGUAGAAAAAGUUUGUUUUCUAACAGAAGUUUGAUGUACCUUGCAUGGCAGUUGUGUCCAAUGUGCAUUCUCUCCAGUAAUAGCAGAAAUGUUCUCAGAAGAAAAGUGUCUUCUCAGAUAUGUAGCAUCCUGGCCAGGGAGAACCAGUGUAUUGGAUUGACUACUACUUCCUUUCAUGUCCUAUUAAAUUUGUUCACUGCUAAGAGACCAUUUUGCUUUAUCUAGUGAAAUACACCUGCAGCUGUCUACACUCUCUUUCCUACACAUUCUGGAUCCGAGCCUGUGUGGCUGCUUUUUCUUGAAGAAGAAAAAAGCCAAAUGUGUGUGUGUGUGUAUAUAUAUAUAUAUAUAUAUAUAUACAUGCUUAAUGUAAUAUAUAGUUUGGUGCUCGGUUCUAGAUAGAUUCUGUAGUUAACCUGUUACUUUUCUGCUUAAUCUGUAGCUGAACUGGAUCAAGAACAGGCUUGGGGGUGGAAAUUUCCAUUAAUUUUCCAUUAAUGUCAUUACUCAUAUGGGCAGACUUGCAUAAGAUGUAGACUAUGAAAUACCGGUUUGUCAAAACGUGUUAUGCUGCCAUCUUUGUUUGGCUUUGUGGCUGCUACUCUUAUCACAGUGUCAAGGCCUCAACACAUUGCACCCACAGCAGCAAAAAGCAGCUUACACAAAAAGUCAGAUGAUUCUACUGGUCUUUAUUUGUUUUGUAAUGACUCCUCUCCUGCUAUGUUUUAAGCUGUCUUUAUUUUAUCUGUAAGCUGCCUUGAGUCCCUAUGGGGGGGGCAAGGUGGGGUAUGCAUAUAUAAUAAUGAUAAUCUACCUUAAGCUGUUCUGCUGUGUGCAUUAAUCUAGCCUUAACUGCUGAGGAUGAUAGGUAUGCAGGCCUAGGAAAUUAACACUAUGCAGUUCAUUAUUUUCCAAUAUACAUACCAGUGGAAUGGAAAUUGAUAUGCUAGCUGACGGUUGUACAGAGAGUGAAGCUUAACAGCCCAGUUGCCUGUGCUCUGUGAUGACUGUAGUAGCUUCCCUUGAUAAUUUCUGCUUACUUCUCUUUUAGGCUGAACAAAGUGAUCUUUGGUUCGCCAGAUCCAACCCGAUGCAAUGGCACUUGGGGUGAAACCCAUCUCGUGGGCAACUUCUCCACCACUGCACAGUUCUUCGUAACUUUUGGAAUCUUGAUAUUCUUGUAUUGCAUGGCUGCCCUUGUGCUUUACCUUGGUUAUAUGCACCUGUACCAAAGCGGUGGCAUUUUACCAAUGAUGGUAGGUUGAUACUAAGGACAAAUCUAAAAAAAACCCUUGAAUUUAAGUUACCAGAAGUUUAAUUCUGUAACUCAGAAGUCUGGUUUUUUUUUACCUGUUUGAUGUGUCAACUCGGCAUUCAAAAUAUGUGGGGGUUCUGUUGUUUUGAUUGAUUAAUUAAUUAAUUAAGCCGUAUGACUACCCCGAAACCCUUGCAGGCACAAACUGUAUUGAAAGCAGGGUGGCCUAUUAUCACCCUAACUAACAGCAUCAUGAGCACAAGUCAUCACAAAUGUGCAAUAAACAGGACAUCUGGAGGGGACAUCUGUCUCAGGAGUGUGCUGUGGGGAUUAAAUGGGAGAUAGGAAGAACAGUGUGCACCACCCUAGGCUACUUAAAGGAAGGGCAGGCUAUAAAUGCAAGAAUUGAAGAACAAGUCAGUGUGUUUAGGAGGUGUAAUUCCUACUUUAAAGGUAAAGGGACCCCUGACCAUUAGAUCCAGUAGUAACUGACUCUGGGGUUGCCGCGCUCAUCUCGCUUUAUUGGCCGAGGGAGCCAGCGUUUGUCCGCAGACAGCUUCCGGGUCAUGGGACCAGCAUGACUAAGCCGCUUCUGGCAAACCAGAGCAGCGCACGGAAACUGCGUUUCUCUUCCUGCCGGAGCAGUACCUAUUUAUCUACUUGCACUUUGACGUGCUUUCAAACUGCUAGCUUGGCAGGAGCAGGGACUGAGAAACGGGAGCUCACCCCGUCGCGAGGAUUCGAACCGCCGACCUUCUGAUCGGCAAGUCCUAGGCUCUGUGGUUUAACCCACAGCGCCACCCGCGUCCCACAAUUCCUACUUUGCAUAGUAUCUAUUUGUUGGUGCAGAGAAUUUCCCUCAAGUUCUGUGAAUGGAGCAUGCCUGCAUGAACCUGAAAAGUAGUCUUCUAUCAGGUGUCCUUCAGAUGUUUUUAACUACAACUCCCAUCAACCCAGCCAUCAUUAAAACAUCUGGAGGGAACCAGGUUGAGAGAGGCUGCUGCUGAAGAGGGUAAACUUGCAUUUUCAACUUCUUGAAAUAGAGGACACGACCAGCAUCUUUUGAGCUGUGUUUAGCUGCAUCGCUUUUAGGCUCUAUGGUUUCUUCUUUGCAAACUGUAAAGGCAUCAUCAGUGCUACACCCAAGUGACUUUUUGGAUAAAAAGCUGGAGUUAUAGAAUUCUCAAGUGGUCUGUAUUUUGGCCAAAUAGUCACUGCUACAUAAGGAAAGUGUCUUCCAGAAAAUAGUAGCAUGCUUGCUAGGAGUGUGGUUGGAUGGUUAGAUACUUGAACACAGCUGCUAAAAUGAAAAUGGUUUUAUGUCAAGUGAUAGUAAAUAUUGACUACCCCUUCCCAACCCCUCAAUGCAUUUUAGACUGAAGCAAUUGGUAACUUUGGACUGUCUCAUUACAGGAUUAUGUCUUCACUCUUAGCGCCGUUUUUCUGUGGCUAGUCAGCAGUGCUGCGUGGGCAAAGGCACUUGUUGAUAUCAAAGUAUCAACUGGUCCACGCAUUAUUGAAGAAAUAUCUGCUUGCAAAAUACCAGGAACCUCCUGUUUGUUUGAUUCGGUAACCAGCAUGGGAAGUCUGAAUGUGUCUGUGGUAUGUAUGUCAGCUUUUGAGCAUUCAAGUGCUAGUGUUACGAGCUGAAUCUAAGUAGCGUCAGCAGAUCAAACGUAAAUAACCACCCGAGUCUGUAAACUUGGAGCCAAACUAGGCAUAAUGCAAGAGAUCAGGGAACUAACUAAUAACCUUCCAGUCUAAAUGCAGCUAGAGAUUGUUCCCCACUGGGUCCAGUAUUCUAGUAUUUAAUAUUAAUGUUUAACUGAUAUUUCUCAGUGUCCUUGCAUAUGCCCAGACACACAAAUGGGAAUAUAAUAAUGUAGUAAUUGCUGCCUCAUCUCUAAACUAUGGUCCAAAAUACAAUGCCCAGAAUACUAGCUAGGGUUCCAUUUAGAAAUUGUAUAACUCGUUUUAUAACAGCUGCACUGGUUGUAAGUUUGUUUCCAAACUAAACUCAAGGUACUCACAUUGGUAUUUAAAGUCUUAAACAAUGUCGGCUCCAACAGUCUGAAAGACCAACUCCUUCCCUCCAGACUUUCUCAGGUGGUAAGAUCAGAGGGUGCCUUCUUGAUAGUUUCAGCAUCCUCAGGCGUGCUGGUGACUGAGGAUACGGGAUUCUCAGUGGCAACCCCUAAGUUGUGGAACUCCCCAGUUUUCCGGUUUUUUUAGUGGGGGUAGAUUGCAGUCUCUUGGAAACUUCCUGCCUCUGCCCUAGACUUUAACUCUGCAGAUGUAUCCUCUAGGACCUUAUUCUUGUGACUGUCAUUUGGUUUAAACUGAUUUUAAUGUUGCAUUUUGAAUGGUUUUGACGCCCUUUGAGACGGGGUGGAGGGUGGGUAACAAAUCAAGCUGGUAACUAUUGGGCUGCAUGAUAAAAGUUUUUGAAUUGUUAAGAGGAGAAGGCUUUUAGCUGGUUGUAUUCAAUAGUAAUUAACUAUCUGAUAACACACAUGUCUUAAUUUGCAGGUUUUUGGCUUGUUAAAUAUGGUUCUGUGGGCAGGAAAUGCUUGGUUUGUAUACAAGGAGACGAUUCUGCAUAAACCUAACAACGCUUCUCCAGACUCCGGACUUUACCCACCUGCAUCAGGAAUUUAACUAUAACAACAACAAAAAGCUGCAUUCUGUUGACAAUAGUUUAAAAACCUUGAAGUUCAAUGUACUUUAGCUGUUUUUUAAAAAUGGAAAUUCACUUCAAAGUACAUACUCUGGAUAGAAAAAUCAGUAAGUUUGGAAGGGUUGCCUAUACUUGAUUGAGUAUUCAUUCAGUCUAACUCAGACACUCUUGAUAAAAAUUUGGGCAAUCUCUCUGGAAGUAAUAUUUUGUUAGCGGCAUUUGAUUUCUACAAAACCUUGCCAGUGUAACUAGUACUCUUCAAGUCUGUGCUGCACUUCCGUUUAACAUGCAAUCUAAGGAGCUAUAAAUAACGUUGCCUAUUUUAAUGCUCUGAAACAGUAAUUCUCAAGCUUAAACAGGUUUCAGUUGCUUGGUUUAAAAGCCUUUCCCCUCCAAAUUUGGCACACUUGCAUUCCAGCUUUUGGUAUAAUAGUUUAGUUCUUGAUUUAGAAGAGAGAGUAAAUCUUGGAUGACAAAAAUACUGAGCCAAGUGCUCUAAAUCGGCCUUUGCCAUUCUGGUUCUCUCCAGAUGUUUUAGGCUACAACUGGCUUGGGGUGGUGGGAGUGGUAAUCCAAAACUCCUGGAGGGCACCAGGUUGGCAAAGAUUGCUCUAACCACUUGUUAGUCACCCAUGCCCAUUUAAAACCAAAGUUUAAACAGUGACAACAUGUUUAAAAUUGAAAAGCUGUUGACAUGUGCUAAAAUGAGAGAGAUUCUGUUCUGGAGUAUACUAGUUACGCAAACAGUUUUCCCUUUAGGAAGAUUGCUCCUAAUUCUUAAGUUUGGAUGUAUAAGCAUUGCUACUUCGUUUUGAGGAAACACCUGUGACAUGCCUGUAUUUUGACUUCAGUUAAAUAAAUGGAAGUUUCUAGGAA